CAUUCGUAUUUCACAUAUACACUCGAGAGCCAUGGAAAUUGCUACAACCUCGAGCGCUUUGCACUUGUUUAGCAAGGAUCAGAGAUACAAAACCAAAGGCGUUAGGUACAACAAUCUAAUAUAUUUCUCAAACAUCUCCUUGUUACCUGUAUACUCUAAGAUAGACUUAGACGACCCACAUAUUCUGAGUCGAACCAGACGUGAUGGCAGGGAAAAGUACGACGUUGUGGCGGCUUCCAAGAAACGCCAAUAUUCCGGCGAAGAAAAGCCAUUGACGAAGAGACAAAAGAAGAUCAUCGAAGAAGUGGAGUCAACUACUAAGGCGAAAUCUAGUAGGACGUUGACACCGAGUCUUCACAAAUCAUCAGUGUCCGAGUCAAAGCAGGAGACUAAGAGGAAAGUUACCAAACAGGUGGAUGCGAGAGCUAUUACAACAACAAAGGUUAUUAAACCAGAGAUAUCAAUUACAGCUUCUUCGAAAGAGUGUCUUCACGAAUCAGAGACGAAGAAGCCUAAUGGGAAUGAUUUGAGAAACUUGAUCGCAAAGGCACAACAUAAAAUCCAAAACAAAAGGCAAAUCGAUCAUCGAGGAGAUGACAUCACAAGACAGAGGAUAGCUGCACGCUUAGCUCUAAAUCAAAUGAUACCAACCGUUAGUUUUGACGAUCAUCUGAACUAUCAUAGAGAACUAGAACAGCUUGGCUGCACAUUCAUUCAACAGCAAGUUGAUUACUUGAGCAUGUUCAAUUUAUGGUCAAGAAGCGACUACAAUGGUAUCACUAACUCUGUCUUGGAAAAGAACAAAGCGCCAUUGUGUGAUGAAGAUUCAUCAAGAAAGAAGCAGCAAAGAUCAACAAAAGGAAAAAGCAUGGAGCAUCAUUCCCUGCAGAUAACAAAUAGAAAAUGGUGAAUCUGCUGAGAGCAGUAAUCAGAGGCAAAGAAAAUGUCAGAGCUCAACAUGAAGAGUGUACGAAGUUGUGGACUGUAUAUCCGAGUCUGCGUACAGUUAUGUGUUUAAGUUGUGUUAUUGUGCUCACUGCACUCGAUAUAUAAGCGUAUUAGAACAUGUUUGAUAUCUAUCUUUUUUUACACGUUUGAGAAAGUUUGAGAAUAAUUAUGUCUAUAUUAU